CCUCGGUGGGCUGCGCUGCGCGUCCACGGGUGCCUGCCGACCUCCUGGGGCAGCGCUGGGUCUCCAUCCGGGCGCUGUGGUUUGGAUGAGAAGCUGGGCAGUCGGCGAGCCGCCAAGCUGGAGCUAGAACUGGCGAUCGCUGGGGCCGAGGCUCCUGUUGCGGGGCAGCUGCUCCUGCAGACCGAGGUCCCCGGGGAGGAUGAGCCCGAAGCGGAGGCGGAGCCGGGCCUCCGGCGGAGCUGCGGCCCCGGGGACCCGCUGCGCUGGCUCAGCACCUUGAUCCUGUGCGCCGCCUUCCUGGGGCUGGGCAUGAGUAUUGCAAUCCUGGGACCCACCUUUCAAGAUCUGGCAACAAAUGUGAACCGCAAUCUCAGCAGUCUCUCUGUGAUCUUCGUGGGCCGGGCCUCUGGCUAUUUGAGUGGCUCUGUUAUUGGUGGAGUUCUUUUUGACAGUAUGAAUCAUUUUCUACUUUUGGGUGUAUCCAUGUUGGCUACCACAGCUGGUCUUUAUCUUGUUCCAUUCUGUAAGACCGCAGUCUUGCUGAUUAUCAUAGUGUCUGUAUUUGGCGUUUCAAUGGGCAUUCUGGAUACAGGGGGUAACGUCCUCAUCUUGGCUGUCUGGGGAGACAAGGGGGCCCCUCACAUGCAGGCCUUACACUUCAGUUUUGCCAUAGGUGCCUUCGUGGCCCCACUGCUGGCUAAAGUGGCACUGGGCACAGCAGUGCCUGCUGAAAGCCACACAGAAGCUGACUUGAACUGUUCUCUGGUCAACCAGUCAUGGGGAGCUGACUCAGACGCUGGAUCCGGGAUUCCUGACAACACAAAUCUGCUGAGGACGUAUUUUAUUAUCGGGACGUACAUUUUGGCUGUUUCUGUCUUUUUCUUUGCUCUAUUUUUGAAAAAGAGAUCCCAAAGUGAAAAAGCGAAAGACUUCACUCGAAGGUCUCGAAGAGCGAAAUAUCACAAAGCCCUUCUUUGUCUUCUUUUCAUCUUCUUCUUUUUUUAUGUUGGAGCAGAAGUGACGUACGGCUCUUACAUUUUCUCCUUUGCAACCAGCCAUGCUGGCAUGACAGAAAGCGAAGCAGCUGGGCUGAACUCCAUCUUCUGGGGCAGCUUUGCAGCCUGCAGGGGGCUGGCGAUCUUCUUUGCUGCGUGUCUGCAACCGGCAUCCAUGAUUGUGCUGAGCAACAUUGGCAGCCUGGCUUCCUCCCUAAUGCUGGUGCUUUUUGAUAGGAACCGAGUUUGCCUCUGGGUGGCCACUUCCGUGUAUGGAGCCUCCAUGGCCACCACGUUUCCCAGUGGCGUUUCUUGGAUUGAGCAGUACACCACUAUCCAUGGGAAAGCGGCGGCGUUUUUUGUGGUUGGCGCUGCCUUGGGAGAAAUGGCUAUUCCUGCAGUGAUUGGGAUCCUUCAGGGACAGUAUCCAGACUUGCCUGUAGUUCUGUACACCUCUUUGGGGUCAGCAGCAGCCACUGCCAUCUUAUUCCCUGUGAUGUAUAAGUUAGCCACCAUACCUCUCGCUCAUCAGCGAAAGGAGCACAGGAAGAGUGAGGACCAGAAAGCUCUGCUGUCUGCCUCCGAGCUGAAUGACUACGAGGAAGAGAACGAAGAAGAUGAUGCAGAAAAAUGGAAUGAGAUGGAAUUUGAAGUGAUAGAAACAGAUGAUAGGAUUAGGAACUCUAUAAUGGGCACGUCUAGAGAGAUUCUGAGAGUGCCCACAGAUGACAUUCUCAUCCACUCAGCUGCUUUAUCUGCAGUCAACAUCAGUAACUCCCAUGUCAAUCACCUUAUAUGAAACUUCGACAAAAGAAGAUGAACUAUUUUCUGACUUCUGAACAACUGCCAGUUCUAUAGAGGCUGAUUAAUAGCAUAUUUCAUCAUACUUUGUGUCAACAUUUCUGGAUCCGUAUUGCAGUGCUCAAGAGUUUGAAACAUUGUGUGUAUUUCAGAGACUUCCAUAAAGAACCCAAUAUUUUAUUUAAAAAAAAAAUUUUUUUAACCAGAGCACUAUUCAGCUCUGACUUAACUGUGACACACAGGAAUUUAACUUGAGACCUCAGAGUCUCAAGGAUGAAAGUCAUUUUACAUACCCAUCAUGCUAUCUUCCUGGUCCUCCCACAAUGGUUCUGUACAAGAAGAUCUUGUUGUGAGGCCAGUUUUUGAUGCGCGACUGAUUUGGUAAUGUUUUAUAAGCUUUACCCCUCAGAUCACAUAAAGAAGGUAUUUAUUUUUGAGAUGUAUGCUGCCAUUUUAAUAGAACAAAACUGUCUUGUAAGUCAGUGAACCGAAGGAAUUAUCAACCAGUGGUAUUCUGCCAGAGAAGCUGACGAGAGUCACUUUGUAAAGGAGCAUCUUUGAAAAUGAACAGAGGGUCUGUGGCCAUACCUCCCUGAACAUACUCGGUCUCGUCUGACCAUGGAUAGAGGUUUCUUAUUAAGUGACCUGCCAUAUUGGCAGCAUUUGGCCAAAGAAAUUUUGAUUUCUGUGAAGAGAACACCCAGAAGUCUAGAGAUCUGUCUUCAAACCACAACUAUCAUUUCCUCCCCUUCUGUAUCUGCAAUCUCUUAGUUCAUUGGCACCUCAGUGUCUCAACUCCUGCUCUCUCACUGUACAAAUGAAAACGAGAUGAUGUCCGUGUUGGGAAUCUGUAAAUUUUUUUAAUUUGUUCACGUUAGAAAUAAUGGAAGAAUGCAUGUCAGUUUAAGAAACCCAGUGUCUGAUACUUUGGCUAAUGAUUUGAAUACAUUGUUUUUAGUAUUGCAUUUUAUUGAUUAUCAGAAGUGCUGUUUUUGGCAUUUUUGUCAUCUGUGGAAUCAGAUCUUGUUAAAAACAGUCCUCUUUUGGGAGUCGGGCGGUAGCGCAGUGAGUUAAGAACACGCGGCGCAAAGUGCAACGACCAGUGUAUGGAUCCCGGUUCGAGCCCUUGGCUCCCCACCUGCAGGGGAAUCGCUUCACAGGUGGUGAAGCAGGUUUGCAGGUGUCUAUCUUUUUCUCCCCCUCUCUGUCUUCCCCUCCUCUCUCCAUUUCUCUCUGUCCUAUCCAACAAGGAUGACAUCAGUAUCAACAACAAUAAAACAACAAGGGCAACAAAAGGGAAUAAAUAAAUAUUUUUUAAAAAGUCCUCUUUUAACAGUGUAAGAAAAUGUUAUUGACAAUUUUUUCAUAUACAUAUAGAAAUAGUGUGUAUAUAUAUUUUUCAUCAGAGUUAUUGCUUGGAUUCAGCUCCUACAUGGCUCCACUCCCAGCAGCCACUACUGUUAUCAUUACUUUUUGAAAAAUUAUAUAUAUUAUAAAUAUAUAAUAUAUACAUACAUAUAUAUGUAUGUAUAUAUAUAUAUAUAUAGAGAGAGAGAGAGAGAGAAGGAGAGACUAAGGAGAUAAACUUGCAGCACUGUUCUACCAUUUGUGAAACUUACCCCCCUGCCAGUGGGCAGUGGGGGCUGCAGCCUAGACCCUCACAUACAACAAUGUAGUUGGUCCGAGAGUUGUGGCUUAUUAAGCUGUUUAACAAUGUGUGUGCUGUACGCGCUGAGCCACCACCCAGUUCCAAAAAUUAUGUCACAUUUCAUGGACUGGCAGGAUAACUCACCUGGAAAGGGGUCUGCUCUGCCCUACACAUGACUUAGGUUCAAGUCCUGCCCCCUCACAUCCACACUCUCUCUCUUAUUUCUCUGUCUCCGUAUCUCAUGGGCUACCUGUGAAAGUUAGCCUGGAGAGGUGAGGCCCAGUGGUGGCAACACAAUUAGAAAGUGAUAUUUUAUAAUUAGUGUCUUAGAUUCAGUGAAAGAGAGUAAUUCAGUCUAUGAGGCAAAGUUUUUGUUUACAGACAUUUUUGAAAGUUGUUUUGAUAUGCUAAUUGUUCUCUGUGUUCAAACAGCACUUGAGAGAUGCUGUUUUCUGAUUUUAAAGCUGCCUCAGACUUUCUACAUGAGUAUUAGAGCUGUUGGUGGGGCUUCUUGAGGUAGCAGUCCGGUUGGAAUCUUCAUUUACUAUUGACUCCUCGCUGAAUGGGAUUGGUGAUCCCAUGGUCAGCUCGGUUACCCAAGCUGCUAGCUUAAUUUAGACUCUGCCAGUAGUUGGAAUACUUCUAUCGCCCCUCUGGAGUCUCUUCCUGAGCUUGAAGUAAGUACCUGGGAAGGUAAAGUAAUAAUUAGAAAGUAACUUGCAAAAAAAAAAAGAGAGAGAGAGAAAUGACCUGCUGGCCAAAGCGGGACCAGAAAGGGCAUUGUCAUAUGAACAGGGCAGAGCGUCCGUGGGGAGCCCUGGGCGAACAGUAUCGAGUUCUGUGCUGAUACUCGUCAUCUCUCCCUCACUGCAUUAUUAACAGUCCCCUUCCUAAUUUCUGUAAAUUUGGCUUUUCUUAAUGGAAGUACAGAUGUUUUCCUGAUGACUGCUAGAUAACCUGUACCUGCCAUAAUUUUGGUUCCUAAUUUUUAAUCUUACUUUUUGGAGAGGAGAAGUUUUAUUAUUAUUAUAAAUAUAGUGAGAAUAUUCCAAAUUUCAUCACAGAAGAUUAGGGAAGAGAAAAAUAUAUAUAUUUGGCCAGCACUUGGGCUUCACCACUGCAGACUGCUUUUUUCUUUUUCUUUUUCUUUUUUUCCCCCCCACAGAUAUAUGGAUAGACAGAAAGAUACCCUUGAACCUGGGUAGUGUGACAAAGCUGUUUUGUUGGCCCAAGUAUAAAUAAUUUCAGUCUUAAAACACUUAGCAAGACUUUAAUUUCUUACUAACACAGUUUCCUAGUUAAAGAGUAAAAUAUUUUAAAAACAUUCCUUCUCAUCAAAAUAUCAAAAACAAUUUGAUUUUGUGAUUCUUGGCUAGGUUUCCUCCUGCCUUGGGUAGAAGGAAUUGAUAACCUGAUGCCUAUUUUAUCUGUCUUACAUAAGUUGGGGUCCUGUGGAAAUCAUCAUGUCUCUCUUACAUCCUCACCCUUUAGCAACCCUCCUUACUGGCCUUUGUUUUUUGUUUGUUUGUUUGUUUUAUGGGUCUAUAAGUGUAAUCCCCAUGUCAUGCUAAUACCCAAGGUUUCUCCAUCAGAGAGAACCAAACUCUGAUACACUUUGCCUGAAAAGACUCCCAGGAUAUCCGGGAACCCUUAGUGCAGGUGGAGAGCAAAGGCCUCUGUUGUUACAUGAGAAGGUUUCACCUGUACUUGUACCAAAUAAACACCUGUUUUAUUGCCCUUA